AUGGCCCUGGAGCGGGCGCUGCAGGCGGCGCGGCAGGGCGAACUGGAAGUGCUGAAGUCCCUGCACGCCGCCGGCCGGCUGAGACCCUCGCAGCGGGACCCGCUGGACGCGCUGCCGGUGCACCACGCGGCCCGCGCGGGCAAGCUGCACUGUCUGCGCUUCCUGGUGGAGGAGGCCGCCCUGCCCGCCGCGGCCCGCGCGCGCAACGGAGCCACGCCGGCCCACGACGCCGCCGCCACUGGCCACCUCUCCUGCCUGCAGUGGCUGCUCUCGCAGGGCGGCUGCGGAGUGCAGGACAAAGACAAUUCUGGUGCCACAGUCCUGCACCUGGCUGCCCGCUUCGGCCACCCUGAGUUGGUGGAAUGGCUACUGCGUCAUGGCGGUGGGGAUGCCACCGCGACCACAGACACAGGCGCCCUGGCUGUCCACUACGCUGCCGCCAAAGGAGACUUCCCCUCCCUGAGGCUCCUCAUCGGGCACUAUCCUGAGGGAGUGAAUGCCCAAACAAAGAACGGUGCCACGCCCCUGUACCUGGCGUGCCAGGAGGGCCACCUGGAGGUGACGCAGUACCUGGUGCAGGAGUGCGGCGCGGACCCGCACCUGAGCGCCCAGGACGGCAUGACCCCGCUGCACGCCGCGGCGCAGAUGGGCCACUGCCCGGUCAUCGUGUGGCUGGUGAGCUGCACCGACGUGAGCCUGUCGGAGCAGGACAAUGACGGCGCCACGGCCAUGCACUUCGCGGCCAGCCGCGGCCACGCCAAAGUGCUCAGCUGGCUCCUGCUGCACGGCGGCGAGAUCUCGGCCGACCUGUGGGGCGGGACCCCUCUGCACGACGCCGCGGAAAACGGGGAGCUGGAGUGCUGCCAGAUCCUGGUAGUGAACGGCGCGGAGCUGGAUGUCCGCGACCGCGACGGGUACACGGCGGCCGACCUCUCGGACUACAACGGCCACAGCCACUGCACCCGCUACCUGCGCACGGUGGAGAACCUGAGCGUGGAGCACCGCGUGCUGUCCCGGGAUCCGUCUGCUGAGCUGGAGACCAAGCAGCCUGACUCCGGCAUGUCUUCACCCGACACCACAAUGUCGGUCCAGCCACUGAACUUCGACCUCAGCUCGCCCACCAGCACCCUCUCCAACUAUGCCUCCUGCUCCUCCAGCCACUCCAGCAUCAAGGGCCAGCGCUCCUCGCGCGGCCUUGCCAGUUCAAGAGCGGCAGAUAUACAGAGCUAUGUGGACAUGCUGAGCCCCGAGCUGGGCCGAACCCCGGGCAAGAUGAACAAAACCACACUGCCACCACCGCCACCGCCACCACCUGGCUUCCCUCCGCCGCCCCCACCCUCAAGCACCCAGCUGCCCCCACCCCCACCAGGCUACCCCGCUCCCAGGCCCCCCGUGGAGCCACAUGCAGCGGACAUCUACAUGCAGACCAAGAGCAAACUCCGCCACGUGGAGACGGAGGCCUUCAAGGAGCUGAGCUCGCACGACGGCCACAACGGGCUGCGGAGGCAGGACUCCAGCCGCAAGCCCCGCGCUUUCAGCAAGCAGCCCAGCACGGGGGACUACUACCGCCAGCUGGGCCGCUGCCCCGGGGAGCCGCCGGCCGCACGCGCGGGCAUGGCGCACAGCGAGGAGGCGGCGCUGCUCCCCGGGAACCACGUGCACAACGGCUGCGCCGCGGACCCCAAGGCGUCCAGGGAGCUGCCCCCGCCGCCGCCGCCGCCGCCCCUGCCCGAGGCCCUUAGCUCGCCGCCGCCUGCUCCGCCUCUGCCCUUCGAGGGCGCUGGCCCGGGCUGCGGACAGCGUCGCUCCUCCUCGUCUACUGGCAGCACCAAGUCUUUCAACAUGAUGUCCCCGACGGGUGACAACUCCGAGCUACUGGCGGAGAUCAAGGCCGGCAAGAGUCUGAAGCCGACGCCGCAGAGCAAGGGGCUGACCACCGUGUUCACGGGCAGCGGGCAGCCCAUCUCCCAGUCCGACGCGCCGCUGCUGCCCCCGCAGGCGUCGCCCGCGCCGUCGCGGGCCCGCAGCCCCACCCCGCCGGCCGUGGGGCCGCAGCCGCUGCUCAACGGCAGCUUGGCGCCGGCGCCGCCCGCCACCCCGGCGCCAGGCGUGCAGCUCGACGUGGAGGCGCUCAUCCCCACGCACGAUGAGCAGGGCCGGCCCAUCCCCGAGUGGAAGCGCCAGGUGAUGGUGCGCAAGCUGCAGCUGAAGAUGCAGGAGGAAGAGGAGCAGAGGCGGAAGGAGGAAGAGGAGGAGGCCCGGCUGGCCAGCAUGCCUGCCUGGAGGCGGGACCUCCUGCGGAAGAAGCUUGAAGAGGAGAGGGAGCAGAAGCGGAAAGAGGAGGAGCGACAGAAGCAGGAGGAGAUGCAGCGGGAGAAAGAGCAGUCGGAGAAGCUGCGGACGCUGGGCUACGACGAGAGCAAGCUGGCGCCCUGGCAGCGACAGAUCAUCCUGAAGAAGGGGGACAUCGCUAAGUACUAGAUGCCGCCCUCCUGCUAGAGCCGCGUGAGCUCGGGGUGGGGGGGGGGCCCAGUCUCUGCCCCGGCCUGCCAGGCUGGGGCGGAGAGGGCUGGGAGCCGCGCUGCCUUCCCCCUCCCGCGCUGGAACCCCUCCCUGACCCCGCUCCGGCCCCCGCAGCCCCAGCCCGGGGUGACGCUGGAGCGCGCCCGCCGCCGUCGCCCAGAAAAAGUGCCCAAGCAAGCUGUUGACGCAAAAAAGAUGCUGCUUAUUUGCAUGCCUAUUUACAUAUAUUUGCAUGUUCGGUGAAGGUCGUGCAGAGUGCUCCCCAGCCGCGUGGGUGGUGACUCCGUUUUCCCGCGGGGCGCGCGCCCACGCCAGCAGCCCCCUCCCCCGCAGCCCGGAACCCGCGCGGCGGGCGCAUCCUGGGCGGAGGCAGGCCCCGCGCUCGGGGAAGGGGUUUUCCUCCCGCCGUGACCCAGAUCUGCGCCCGGCCUGCGCGGGCCGCGUUUCCCAUCCCCGCCGAGGGUUUCCUCUCAGUCAUUUGUUUACCAGAAACAAUGAACCCGGCAACCUGCCCGUCGGGACAGAGGUGCCGCUCCGGGGGCCCAACCUCUGCCUCCCCUCCCCCUUGUAAAGUCC